ACGAGACGCUGCAGCCCGACGCAAACGGACACGCUCGCUUGCGCAUCCCCCUGGAUUUCUACCCGUGGCGCGCGCCCAGGGACCGCCUCCCGCCGCCAGCUAGCAGCGCGCAUGCUCAGCUCUCGCACGCAGGCGCACUAGCGGCUCGGAGCUCCUCAGGCUUUGCCCGGCGUUGCCCUGUCCCUUCCCCGCAAACGCGGAAGUGAGCGGUUCCUCGGCGGGGCCUGGUAGGAGGGGCCGCCGCCGGGCUGGGAGUGAUCGACCAACCGAGCCGCCGGAGGAACGCGAUGGGGAACGGGCCUUUGCCCCACUCGUUCCUCGCCCUCGAUAAUGGGCAUUGAGCAACAAGCUGGGGCGGUAUGCUGAAGUCAGGUUGGGGGCAGAAUGAGUUUAAAAGAUGCUGGAAGUGCAGUUUGCCAGGAGAAGGCGGCCUAUAAUCUUCAUAUUUACCCCCAGCUCUCGACAGAAAGCACCACCUGCUGCAGUGUGACUGCAACUAAGGACAGCACCACUUCAGAUGUAAUCAAGGAUGUGAUACAUAUUUUGAACUUGGAUGUCUCAAAGCAUUAUGUGCUUGUGGAGGUGAAAGAAUCGGGAGGUGAAGAAUGGGUACUUGAUUUGAAUGACUCUCCUGUUCAUAGGGUUUUGCUUUGGCCCCGCCGUGCUCAGGAUGAGCAUCCACAAAACGAUGGGUACUACUUUCUUUUGCAAGAGAGGGACACUGAUGGGACCAUCAAAUAUGUCCAUAUGCAAUUGGUGUCCAAGGAGAAGGAUGCUCGACGAUUGGUUGAAAGGGGUUUUCUUCCAUGGCAUCAGGAAGACUUUGAUGACUUAUGCAAUCUCUCCAAUUUAACAGAAACAACACUCCUAGAGAAUCUCAAACGCCGCUUUCUAAAACACAAGAUUUAUACGUAUGCAGGAAGCAUUCUGAUUGCCAUCAACCCCUUCAAAUUCUUGCCCAUUUAUAACCCCAAAUAUGUCAAGAUGUACGAGAAUCACCAACUUGGGAAGUUGGAGCCCCAUAUUUUUGCCAUAGCUGAUGUGGCUUAUCACACAAUGCUUAAAAAACACGUUAACCAGUGCAUAGUCAUUUCAGGUGAAAGUGGAUCUGGAAAAACUCAAAGUACAAACUUUUUAAUUCAUUGUCUCACCGCACUGAGUCAGAAGGGGUACGCAAGUGGUGUGGAGAGAACUAUUUUGGGAGCUGGACCAGUACUGGAGGCUUUCGGAAAUGCAAAAACAGCACAUAACAACAACUCCAGUCGUUUUGGAAAAUUCAUUCAAGUCAACUAUUUGGAGAAUGGUAUUGUCCGAGGGGCUGUUGUUGAAAAAUAUCUGCUUGAAAAAUCUCGCCUUGUCUCUCAGGAGAAGGAUGAAAGGAACUACCAUGUGUUUUAUUAUUUGUUACUUGGAGUCAGUGAGGAAGAACGUAAAGAAUUUCACCUCAAGCAGCCUGAAGAUUAUUUCUACCUCAAUCAGCAUAACUUGAAAAUAGAAGACGGGGAAGAUCUGCGCCAUGAUUUUGAAAGAUUAAAACAAGCCAUGGAGAUGGUUGGCUUUCUUCCAGCAACUAAAAAACAGAUCUUUUCAGUACUCUCAGCUAUUCUUUACUUGGGCAACGUUACCUACAAGAAGAGAGCCACAGGUCGGGAUGAAGGGUUGGAAGUGGGACCCCCAGAAGUAUUGGACACCCUCUCUCAGCUUCUAAAGGUCAAACGAGAAAUUUUAGUGGAAGUACUGACAAAAAGAAAAACGGUGACUGCUAAUGACAAACUUAUCCUGCCAUAUAGUCUCAGUGAGGCUAUAACAGCUCGUGAUUCAAUGGCAAAGUCACUGUACAGUGCCCUGUUUGACUGGAUCGUUCUGCGAAUUAAUCAUGCGCUUCUUAAUAAGAAGGAUAUGGAAGAAUCUGUUACAUGCUUGUCCAUUGGUGUGCUCGAUAUAUUUGGAUUUGAAGAUUUUGAAACCAACAGUUUUGAACAGUUCUGCAUAAAUUAUGCAAAUGAGCAGCUUCAGUAUUACUUCAAUCAACACAUUUUCAAAUUAGAACAGGAGGAGUAUCAAAGUGAAGGGAUCGCUUGGCACAAUAUUGACUAUACAGAUAACGUGACCUGCAUUCACUUAAUCAGCAAGAAGCCCACUGGCCUCUUCUAUCUGCUAGAUGAAGAAAGCAACUUCCCACAUGCCACCAGCCAGACCCUACUUGCAAAGUUCAAGCAGCAGCAUGAGGAGAAUAAAUUCUUUGUUGGGACACCAGUGAAGGAACCUGCUUUUAUCAUCCGGCACUUUGCCGGGAAAGUUAAAUAUCAGAUAAAGGAUUUCCGAGAGAAGAACAUGGAUUACAUGAGACCAGAUAUUGUUGCUUUGCUGCGAAGUAGUGACAGUGCUUACGUUCGGGAGCUGAUAGGAAUGGACCCAGUGGCUGUGUUCCGCUGGGCUAUUCUGCGGGCAGCAAUUAGAGCGAUGGCUGUCUUCGCAGAAGCAGGACGUCAAAGAGCCCAGAAAACUGCAGGUGUGGUGCGUCACGGACCCCGGGUUCCCCUGGGAGAACUCCAGAGAGCAAACACACCAGUUGAAAAAGUUUAUCGCUGCUCAGUGCUUGAUUUCUCAUUUGAUUGCUCUGAGGAUUUCGAUAUAAAUGCUUUUGAAGACAUCAUUGCUUUUUAUGAAAGCAAGAAGAAGAGUAGAGGUACCAAACAAAAGCAGAUCAUUCCCAAGAACUUGCUGGACUCCAAGUCUUUGAAGCUUAUAGUGAGCAUGACUCUGCAUGAUCGGACUACAAAAUCCCUCUUACACUUACACAAAAAGAAGAAACCACCUAGCAUAAGUGCACAGUUUCAGAACUCCCUCAAUAAAUUACUGGAGACCCUGGGGAAAGCGGAGCCAUUUUUCAUCCGCUGCAUCCGCUCCAAUGCUGAGAAGAGGGAGCUAUUCUUUGAUGAGGGAUUAGUGUUGCAGCAGUUGAGAUACACUGGCAUGUUGGAGACUGUGCGAAUCCGAAGAUCUGGUUACAGUGCCAAAUAUACGUUCCAGGAUUUCAAAGACCAGUUUCAAGUGUUACUACCCCAAAAUGCCAAAGCCUCGAAGGAAGAGAUCUCAGCUCAUCUGAAUAAACUGAAACUGGACAAAAACAACUACCAAAUAGGAAAGACCAAGGUGUUUAUGAAGGAGGCUGAACGACAGAUGCUACAGGACACACUACAUAAAGAAGUGAUCAGGAAGAUAGUUCUCCUUCAGAGCUGGCUCCGGAUGGUUUUGGAAAGGAGACACUUUCUCAGAAUGCGGCAGGCAACCAUUACUCUGCAGACUUGUUGGCGUUCAUACCGUAUUAGGAGGGCAUUGGAGAGGACUAACGCUGCCAUUUACAUUCAGUCGGUAUGGCGAGGAUACAGGGAGAGAGAAUCCUACCAUCAGCAGAGGAAGAGAAUCUCCCUUUUGCAGGCUCUUGUCAGGGGACACCUACAGCGCAAGAGAUUUCAACAAAUGAUUGUGGAAAAGCAACAGGAAAUGCAACAAGCUCAAGAGGGAGAGGCUAGUGUAAGCCCAGAAGAUGGUAAUGAACUGGCAUUGGAGCAGUUGGCUGUAAAACCUGAAAUGCAGCCGGAUCAAGGUGUUGAACAGAUGGCAGCAGGAGUAGAUGGAGCUCAGAAUGAUCGAGAUGAAAAACUGAGCCAAGCUACUGAAAAGGCCAUUCCUUCUCAGAAGAGCAUAACAGAUGUCCAUGAGAAGCUCACAAGCAGUCGGGAGAAACGGGAAUCUCGCCGGCAAAGGGGUCUGGAACAUAAUAAAUUACAGAAUAAGCACGUCCUGUUCCCCUUAGAGGAGCAGUCUUUAGUAUGUCAUGAAGAAAAAACCUCUGAAAAGGAGACUCCAGAAACUGUCCAAGAGCCAAACAAAUUCACGGCAGAAGACACAGUCCUUCCAAAAGGUACAGAGGAAGAGAGAAUCCCAGUGGAAGAAAACAAAACCCUUUCAGACACACAGGUCCCAGGUGAAAUACUGGACAGUGAGGUCUCCUUUCCCAAGCAAUCCAAUGAAUCAAAACAGGAAAUACUAGAUGAUAAGGAUAUUGAUAAAGUGAAAAUUCAAGAGAACCAAAAGAAUCAAGUAAAAGGCAGCCAAAGCUUCACCUGUCCUGAAAGGCCGUCGGAUCUCUCACUGAACGUUAAAAAGAAUCUUACUCCCACCAGAAGCUUUCAAACUGCAGAUGAGAAUUAUGGAAAUAAAAAUAAACACCGAAUCUUGAAGGUGGACAAAGAUCUGGACAGCCCCCCCUCUUUCCAGAUUCAGAGGUAUCUGCAUGACCAGGGAGAACUGAGGGACAAGCGGGAGAAAUGGAAAGGAAAGAGGCAGUCAGAGGCUGGUCAGAAUGAUGUACUCAGCCAGUCUUUGGAUGAAAGAAACCGAACUGGCCAAUCCCCUCAGACCCUACUAGCAAAGAAGGGGACUAUUUCUUCGCUGGAUGAUAUUGCUAACCUUGCUCAGUCUGUCACCAGGAUUCAGCCAUCUCUGGAAACAAUGGUGGAGGAGAAGAGCAACAAGAAACAGACUGUGCAAAGGAAGUCCAAUGAACAGUUAUCGCCCUUGGAUUCAGUUGUCUCAGUUCAGCCACCUAACCAGCCGAUGGAUGCCAAAUCCACAUUUAAAAUUCCUCUGCGCAAGCUGCUGGGAAAGAAACCAGACAAGAAAUACAUUAAGGAGAGUCCUGAUGUAAUGGAGGAAGGAGAGAAUCUCCCUCUUCUAUCGUGUAUUCUGAUGUCAGAAGCAGUGGAGUCACAAAAAUUAUCAGAAGCUCCUUCUGGACACCUACGUCGCCCCCAGGCAGGAGAGCGACCUGUGAAAGAAACUAGCAAAGGGAAAAGGAACCGUAAUAUUAAAAUCAGCAAGGUUUCAGCAGUGUCUGAGAAGUGGCCACCUUCUGUGUUCCGUGAGAUCACAAAUGCCAAUGAGCUGAAAUACCUUGAUGAGUUCCUUCUAAACAAGAUAAAUGACUUGAACUCCCAGAAGUCUGCUACUGAAUGUUUAUUUUUUGAAGCCACAGAAAAGUUUAGAGGAAAUAUCAAAACAAUGUACUCUGUUCCUAACGGGCAAAUCCACGUCGGCUAUAAAGAUCUGAUAGAAAACUAUCAGCUUCUAGUUAUAAAUCUUGCAAGAGAGAGGGAUCAAAAAGACGUCAAUCUGGUUUUAAAUCUCUUCCAAUCCCUUCUCGAUGAGUUUUCCCGAGGAUAUGCAAAAAAAGAAGUGUCAGAGCAGCACAAGCAAAGCAAAACCCAGAAGAAGAAACGAAAACAAGAGCGUGCAAUUGAGGAGCACAAUGGCCAUGUGUUCACGAGCUACCAAGUGAGCAUUCGGCAGUCAUGUGAGCAGUGCUCGUCCUACAUCUGGCCAAUGGAGAAGGCCUGUCUUUGCAGUAUCUGCAAGUUGAUUUGCCACAAGAAAUGCAUGUCCAAAACUCAGAGCUGCUGCACAUCCCCCUGUGGAAAAAAGAACGACCAAGGUGUAGACUCCCGUCACUUCGGAGUGUGUGUGAGUUCCUUAAUUAGCGAUAAGAAUUCAGUCCCAGUUGUUAUGGAGAAACUACUAGAGUAUGUGGAGAUGCAUGGCCUCUACACAGAAGGAAUCUACAGGAAAUCAGGGUCAGCAAAUCGCAUGAGGGAGCUGAAACAGUUGCUGCAGACAGAUCCAAAUUCAGUGAAACUAGAGAAUUAUCCCAUUCACACCAUCACUGGCAUCCUGAAGCAAUGGCUGCGAGAGUUACCUGACCCACUCAUGACUUUUGCACAGUACGGUGACUUUCUCCGAGCAGUAGAGCUACCAGAAAAGCAGGAGCAACUCGUUGCCAUUUACAGUGUCCUUGAACAGCUUCCACAAGCCAAUCACAACACCCUGGAGCGACUCAUCUUUCACCUUGUCAAAGUGGCUCUAAUAGAAGAUGUCAACCGUAUGUCACCCAAUGCUCUGGCCAUUGUCUUUGCUCCAUGUCUCCUGCGCUGCCCUGAUAAUUCUGACCCACUCACCAGUAUGAAGGACGUCUCAAAGACAACCAUGUGUGUGGAAAUGCUAAUAAAGGAGCAGAUGAGAAAAUACAAGAUUAAAAUGGGUGAAAUUAACCAGCUGGAAGCAGCUGAGAGCAUUGCUUUCCGCCGACUCUCAUCGCUCCGGCAGAACACGCUCUGGCCUGUAAAACUUGGGUUUUCUUCUCCUUAUGAGGGGGUGCUGAGUAAAAGCUCCCAAGACAGGGGAAAUGACAACAGCUUCCCUGAGCUGAGAUCACUGCAGGAGGAAGACGAGGUGUCUGAUGUUGAUAACCGGGAAAAGGAGAUUUUGAUAGAACGCAUACAGUCAAUAAAAGAGGAAAAGGAAGACAUAACUUACCGAUUACCUGAGCUUGACCAGCAAGGCUCUGAUGAGGAAAAUCUAGACUCUGAGACCUCAGCGAGCACGGAGAGUCUGCCAGAGGACCGAAUAGGGCGGCUGGAUACUGAAGGAACCAUGCUGUCUGAAAUCCAGUGUCAUGGUCGGUGCCCCAGUGUGCCUGCCAAAGACUCUUGCGGAGGGUCCAACGUUUCUCUUCCACUGGCCUCCACAGUCUCCUCAGUUACAAGGCGCAGACCAUCAUCAAUGCUGGUCAAGAUGAAAGUCCCCUGCCGAAAUCCAGUGAUGCCGACAGCAAAUAUAAAACUUCCGUAUGGGAUUACCAAAAUGACAGAAUCCCAGGGCAGAACGCUGGCUGAAGAAUCUCAGCCAGUGGUGAGACGGAGGGACCGGCUAGCGAGGCGAACUGAUAAAAUUCACUCCGUAUACAUUGCACAAGGGUCUGUGGUGGCCCAAACUCAGGAACCUUUGGACGAAUAUGAACCAACAGCAAAAGUGAAGCGGAGGUUUUCAGACCCUUACUCACGCAUUUCAUGCAUAGAUGAAUGAAAUAUUUAAAAUGUUGGAAUUUUUUAAAAAUUGGGACCACAACUUUUAGCUCUGACCCUCCUUUAAGGACUGUGAACUUGUGCACUUGCGCUAAGCAGUCACUGGAGUCGCAGUCUGGAACUCUCAGCACUCUAAGGGUUAAGCACGGUUGCUUAAAACAAACAAUAUCCUGCUAUUUGUAAACAAAUUAAAAGAAACUGGUGGGGGAGGGGGAAAGUAGAAUCUAAAUCUGCUUUGGUCAGAGUAAAAUACGGAGACUUGAGUCUGCAGGAAGACUCUAGUGACCUUAGUUUCUCCUGCUGUGCCUUUUUGUAUUUGCUUACGAUGGGCUCUAAUAGGUCCGAAGGUGAGUUAGAGUCCCUAGGUUUUGCCUUACUCCAUUUUUUUGUAUGUUUUAUGACAAGUUCCUUUGUCGUUUACAGAACUGUUAAUGUAAUAGCCUUAACUCAGACCAAAAAUAUAUCAAAAUGUUUAUUAAUACAUUGCACUUUUUAAAAA